AUGACGAAGAUCUCCGCACUUGCCGUCGCUGCUGCAAUUGCUAUCGCCAACGUCUCUGCUGCCGACCAACCUGCUUUGCGUUCAGCGGCUAUGCCAGUUGAAACAGCAUCUAGUUCUUCGAUGACGACUCCUGAUGGAGAUAAGAAGGAGUACUUCUGGGGCGGCGGACCUUGGGGUGGACUUGGCUGGGGUGGAGGAUGGGGCUGUUGUGGCGGCCUUGGUUGGGGUGGGGGGCUGGGGCUGGUAAGAAGAAGAAGAAUGACGAACACGAGGAGGGAAGGAAAUGAUAUCAUGCUCUCGAUACGGACAGCCUACACGUGCGGCACCUAUACAUACAACGGCACCCGUAUAUUGGCAGCUUCGUUUUCACUUGUGGUUGCAAGUGUGUUUUAG